GAUAUUUCUUUGAGCUGAAGAUCUUGGAAAGUUUGAGUCCCGCAGAAGCCGCACAAGGUCGAGGUCCUCAGCCUCGACAAGUGCUGCGCCUGGGGUUUUCCACAGCAUCAUCACCACUUCUGUUGACGGACAGCGAGGAGAGUGCCUACUUCGAAGCGGAUGGUUUCUUCGUGACGGGGAAGACACGGUUGAAGAAAAGCCAUCCCAUUUCUCGCGAGAAUGUGAUUGGCAUCUUACUGAAUCUGGAUGCCAGCAGUCCUUUGGCAAACACCAUGAGUAUGUUUCGGGAUGGGAUACGAGUUUCUGACCCACAACCUCUUCCAGAGAACUUGAAGGGAAAAGCGCUUUUCCCGCACGUGACCUUCCGGCACAUCUCUUUGCAGUUAAACAUGGGCCCAAGUCCCUUGAAAGCGUUGCCCUUUCAGUGCCGCAUGCUGCAGUCAGCUGCCAAAGCUGAUGUGGAGGUCUCCCCAGAUCCAUCGUUGGCUGGCAAGUUCGAGGUCUUGGUGCCGGUGGGCAUUCCAGAUGAAGGGACGUUCGACUGGCUCGAUGGAUUCUUGCAGAAGAACCCCCACUAUGUUGAGCUGAGUGACCGUAAGAUCCAAGACUGGGCUGCUCGCAGCGGGAUGCCCAAGCCAAAGGUGGCCGGUGCAUGCAACGACAAGCCGAGUUUUACUUACAAUGUGCCAUCGAUGGAUGACGGGAGCUUGCAACGUGUGAUGAAGUCCAUUACUCCUAUGGUUCCCCGGAACUAUUUGGUGAUGGAAGUGAAAUCCAACUUGGUCAAAGAGGAACGCAUGGAGACACUAAAGAGAUUCAACACACCCAACUUCAAGAAGGUGGCGCUGGUGGUCAUGGGUGAGCCUGACAUUCAGUUCAAGCAGAAGAGCUAUACCGCGCUGUUGGUUGAGAAGCAAGCGCGGUUGGACACCGAGUGGAAGGCUAAGAAGGCUGCGGCCAAGCGGCAAAAGGAGUUGCAAGAAAUGCGAAGGAAGGCCGAUGAACAGCGCAAGAAGAAGCUCGAAGAGGCGAAAAAGAAGGAGGAAGGUGAAACAAAAGAUGAAGAGACAGAGAUGAAGGAAGAAGAGGUGAAGAAAGAGGAGGUGAAACAGGAGAAGGAUGAGGACGACGGUCUUGGGGAUGAACCGCCCAAGGCCCAGCUCACGGACGCGGAGAAGAAGAAGGUCUUUCGCGGGGCUGUGAAUGACCUAGCGCCCACUACGCUCAGCAAGUUCCUUCAUCAGUUCACACUGCCGGAGAAGGCCGAGGGCUUUGAUGAAGUGAAGUUUCUGUGGGACGCAGCUCCCAAAUGCAAGGAGUACUUGAGAAAAUGGGUCCUCGAGGCCAAGAGGACGACGCUCAUUGAACACCUCCAGCCAGCUCCGGAGUUUACUUCCAAAUUUAUGGCCUGGCAAAAGCAACAGCUGGAAUGGCAGCAGAAGCACCAAUGGCAGCACCUGGAGUCCGUUGAGCUGGACACGAUUUUGCAAAAUUUCUGGAAGGCCAAGCCAAAGACCGACGAAGCCAAGGCCCUGGAAGUUAAUGCGAGCUUGGACAUCUUCUCAGUGGAGGACGUGAACGACAUCCACGAAGGAGAACCUCUCUUUGCCCACUUCGAGGCUGCGGACUGGGCCCUGCUGCAGCUCCGGUACGAGCUGUAUCUGCUUCAAGACGCCUUCAAAAAAGACGUGAACGAUCCAGACCGUUCGGCCAUUCCGGAGCCGCACCUGUCGUUUUACUACCAGCGAUAUUUCAAGAAGCAGCUCAGUCCUGGGAUCUUCAGCCUCAAGAACAACACCGAGUUGCUUCAGAUGAUCAAGGAUGUGGUGAUUUUGUCCGGCGAACCUCCAGUUUUGACGUCCCAACUGGGGGCUGAAAGUCUGGAAUCACCAGAUAUCUUUGUCACUUCGACGGAGGGAUGGUUGAAACAUGUUGUGGUUCGGGGACGGGCAGAUGUGAAAAGAGAUGAUGUGAUACUCAGUUUCUUGAGCUAA